AUGCACUCCUUCAAGACCACACUCCUUUCCGCCUUCCUCCUCCUCUGCUUAGGCACCCAUGUGCACGCGCUCGACACCUCUUCCCACUGUGGCGAGUGGGACAGCGUCACUGCAGGCCAGUACUCCCUGUGUCUCGACCAGUGGGGUAAAUCAGACGCCAGCUCUGGAUCAAGCUGCGCUGCCAUUACGUCCUUCAACGGGACCACCAUCGCGUGGAAGAACCCGUGGAAAUGGGCUGGUGGUAGUGGUACUAACGUCAAGAGUUAUACGAAUAUGCAACUCAACGAGGGGUUGAAUAAGGGGCUUGAAAAUAUCUCCAGCAUUCUGACUAAGUGGAAGUGGUCGCAAAGCACGUCGGAAAGCGUGGUUGCGGAUGUCGCUUUCGAUCUUUUCACUUCAACGACUCCAGGAGGGGGCAAUCAUAAUGAAAUCAUGAUCUGGCUCGCGAAUUUCAGUGCAGGUCCUAUAUCCUUCUCGUACAACGCCUAUGGAAAAGCUGUGGCCUUUGCGAACAGUAUCUCUCUUGCCGGAUAUACCUGGGACCUGUAUCUUGGCUCGAACGGCUAUAACAAUGUGUAUUCGUUCCUUCCGUCCAACGGCACCAUUAUCACGAAGUUCAGUGGUGAUCUCAACGUCUUUAUCAAGUAUCUGACGGGCAGUGGAAGUAUUAGCUCUUCAGAGUACUUAACGACACUUCAGGCGGGCACUGAAGCAUUCUCCGGGACAGCUACUUUCAGAACAUCUGCGUAUAGCGUCGUCAUCAACUGA